AUGCCUCGCAUUGGGAACUCAAGCUGCAUCAUGCAUGCCCCCUCCUCUCCUGAUGCAGUCGACGUGCUGCCAGCUGCACUCUGGCUUCGAAUCUUCCACCAUCUGCAUCUACCGCCCUCCCACCCGAACGAUCCUGCCAUCCGCGGCCAAAGGCACACUCCCCACGGUCUCGCGUCGCCUAUCAUAGAGCACACGGGUGCCCGUGAUCUGGAGCUGUUCAGCAUCUAUGCGCCCCCUGGCUGUGAGCAGUCGGGCGACCCUGCUGGGGUGAGCUUUGAGGCGCCUCAAAGCUCACCCCAAAGGCACACUCCCCAUGAUGGUCUUGCGUCGCCUAUCAUAGAGAGGACGGGUGCCCGUGAUCUUGAGCGGUUCAGCAUCUAUAUGUCCCCGUCUUCUGGCAGUGAGCAGUCAGGCGACCCUGCUGGCAGCACGCAGAGCGGAGGAAGCAGCGACCAGCUCACUGACCAGCUGGGGUUCGAUCUUGAUUGCGAGCCACUGUGGUUACGUGACGAGGGCCUCACUGCCUCUGAGCAGUGGGGCGACCCUGCUGGCAGCACGCGGAGUGAAAUCAGCGACCAUCUCACCGGGGUCGAUCUUGAUUGCGAGCCAGUGGAUUCCCGGUGUGAGGGUGGCAAUGAAGAGGGCGGCAGUGAAGAGGGUGGCAGUGAAGAGGGCGGCACUGAGGAUGGCAGCAGUGAGGAGGGCGGAUCUGAGGAGGGCGGCACUGAGGAGGGCGGCACUGAGGAGGGCGGCACUGAGGAGGGCGGCACUGAGGAGGGCGGCACUGAGGAGGGCGGCACUGGGGAGGGCCCCACUGCCUUCGAGCAGUACGAGAAGAACGCCCACGCCUUUGGUGCCUCGUGGCCUUUGCUCUGCUGUGCUCUCGCCAGCAAGAGGCUUCUCAAUCUCGUCAUCGCUUUCUCCACCAUCCGCUUCUUCCUUGCCCACCCGGGCCUCCACUCCCUUCACCUCCGCUUCUCCAAUCCCGAGCAACUGCCUACUCUCGGCACCUGCAUCGCUCGCUGCAGCCCCUCCCUCUCGUCCCUCCGCCUCGAGCUGCAAGGCGCUGUUGAUUUUUUCAAGGAGCAGCAGAACGAGCACUGGACGCUGGGAUUUCUCAGGACUUGCGGCCAGCUGCGGGAGUUGAACCUGGGUCGGGGCAUGUGGGUUCUGAACAGGGAGUGCGUAGAUGCUGCAUGUCUCAAGUCUGUCCGCAGUCUGACCUUGGAGCGGGUGGCGUUCAAGAAUGUGAGCUUCCAGGUUUUGGAUUCCAUCUCGCCGCAGCUGCACGAGUUCACGCUCUACGAGGAUCAUGACCUGCGUCUUGGCCCCCGCCUUGCCUCCCACACUCUCGCCCUCUCCUUCCCGAACGCCCGCCUCCUCCGCUUCCGCUUUGCCAGCAGCGAGCUCAAGCUCACCCUCACCGUCUCGCCUGCGCUCAAGACUCUCUCAGUGAUGGCCAAACGGCUGGUCCUCUCCUGCAAGAGUGCCGCCCCUCUCGCUCUCCACCACCUCUCGCUGUACGGCCAGGAGCGGCUCGACAUCUCCUCCCUCCGCCUCGCAUCCGUUAGGGUUGCCUAUUUGGACGGCCCUGGCAGUGACCAAGAGGGUUUUUCCAGGGCUGCUUAUUUGGAUGGGCCCAACAGUGACUCUGAGAACAGCUUUUGGACCGAAUGUCUUGGCACCAUAGCGCCUACAGUGGAGGUGCUUAUAGUGAGGCAUGGGGUGCCUAUAGAGAAGGUGGAUGCAGAGUGGACGAGGCUGCACAGCCUUGGGAUUGUCGUGCACACCAAGGGGACGCAUGUUUGGGACAGGGAGGCCACUGUGGAUAACUUAAGGUUCCUUACGGACGACGUGAUUGGGGGAUAUUGCAAUGAUGAAGAGGAUGAGGAGGAGGAUGACCAUGAUUGGGACACUGGUGAUGAUGAUGAUGGUGAUUGGUACGAGCAGGCACUGGCACGCUAUGGUGCCCACACCGGAAGCAGGCACAAGGUUCAGCCGGACAAGAACAAGGUCUGUGCCAAGCCUCCCACCCUGUGUGCUCCGAAUCUGCGGUUCCUCUUCUUCCCCUCCAGCAAGGCGUGUGACGCGCCCACACUGGCCGCACUGCGGCAGGACUACCCCGCCCUGGCGCUCUACUGUGUGGUGGACCGCUCCUUCUAUUGGGAGAGGAAGGGGGUGCCUGUGAGCAAUGGGCCGCUCGAGCAUGUGAGGGCGGGCCAGGAGUGGGGUGGUGAUGACUACCAGUCGUGGCGAGAAGCGUGCAAAGAAUUCGACAUGCUGCCAGCGCCUAUCUGGUUUCGAAUCUUCCACCUUCUGCAUCAACCGCCCUUCCAUUUGGACGAACCUGCUAUCCUCGCCCAAAGGGAAACCUUCGAGCAUCCCGCUGCGAUGGCAGAGCGAUUGGCUGCCCGUGAGGUUGAAUGGUUCCGCACCCCUGGGUUCACUGCAAGCAGCGCCGGGCUCACUGCCUGGGGCCAGAUGGGCCACCCUGCAGGCAGCGCAGCACACGCUCUCCAGAUGUUCCACACCGCCUUCGGCCAGCCGGGCCACCCUGCAAGCAGCGCAGGGCUCACUGGCCAGCCGGGCCACCCUGCAAGCAACGCAGGGCUUGCUGCCCAGCUGGAUCACCCUGCAAACAGUACAGGGCUCACUGCCUGGCAAGCGCAGGGCCUCCCUGCAAACAGCAGCACAGGGCUUACUUCCCAGCUGGGCCAGCUGGGCCACCCUGCAAACAGCGCAGGGCUCACUGGCCAGCUGGGCCAGAUGGGCCACCCUGCAGGCAGCGCAGCACACGCUCUCCAGAUGUUCCACGCCGAAUUUGGCCAGCCGGGUGCAAGCAGCGCAGGGCUCACUGCCUGGGACCGGCAGGGCGACCCUGCAAGCAGCGCGCAGAGGGGAACCGGAACCGGAACCGGCGACCAUCUGACCAACACAAAGGUUGAUCGCGAUCACUCACCAGUUGUAUUCCUGGAAGAGGGCCUCACUGCCAGUGAGCAGCACAAGGAAAACGCUGAUACCUAUGGCGCAUCAUGUGCUCUGCUCUGCUGCGCUCUCGCCAGCAAGAGGCUUCUCAAUCUCGUCGUAGCUUUCUCUGAGAGCCAGCCCAUCUCGCUCAGGUACGACGACCAGAACCCCCACUGGUCGCAGACGGUCCGCUUCUUCCUCUCCCGCCCGGGCCUUCACUCCCUUGACCUCCGCUUCUCUCCCCCCGAGCAUCUCCCCACUCUCGGCGCCUGCAUCGCUCGAAGCAGCCGCUCCCUCGCGUCCCUCCGCCUGGAGUCGCAAGUCCCUGUUGGUCUCUCCAAGCACCAGGAGAAAGAGUCCUGGUCGCUGGGUUUCCUGAGUGAAUGCGCCCAGCUGCAGGAGCUGAACCUGGGGCGGGGCAUGUGGAAACUCAACAGGCAGUGUGUUGGUGUCAACGUGGCAUGGCUCAAGUCGAUUCGCAAGCUGACGCUGGAGCAGGUGCAUUUCGGGAGUUUGAGCUUCCAGCUUCUCCAGUCCAUCACGCCGCAGCUGCACGAAUUCACGCUCUAUGAGGACGGCAACGUGCUUCGUGAACAUCCCCGCGUGGCCUCCACCACCCGCCUCGCCUUCUCCUUUCCCAUUGCCCGCCUCCUCCGCUUCCGCUUUGCCAGCACUGAGCUGCACCUCACCCUCACCGUCCCGCCCUCCCUCGAGACUCUAUCAGUGAUGGCCAAACGGCUGGUCCUCUCCUGCAAGAGCACCGCCCCUCUCGCUCUCCACCACCUCUCACUGUACAGUCAGGAGCGGCUUGUCAUCUCCUCCCUCCGCCUUGCAUCCGCCCGGGUUGCCUACUUGGAUGGACCUGCCAAUGACCAAGAGGGUUUUUCCUGGACGGAAUGGCUUGGCACUAUAGCUCCAACAGUGGAGGUGCUUAUAGUGAGGCACGGGGUGCCUAUAAAGAAGGUGGAGGCGGAGUGGGGGAGGCUGCGGAGCCUUGGGAUUGUCGUUCCCCCCUGGGACAGGAGUGCCUGUGUGAACAACUGGGGAAUGGGCACGGAUGAGGGUGAGUGUGAGGAGCAUUUAGACGAUGGCAGAUCGAGCUUUUCUUGGGCGGAUGAACCGGAAUAUUUCGGCUCGGAGACAGAUGAGGAUGUGGAUGAGGAUGAUUAUAUCUUUGAUGAUGCUGAUGAGGAUGAGGAUGAUGAUGAUGAUGAUGAUAAUGAUGAUGAUGAUGAUGAGGAUGAUGAUGAUGAUGAUAAUGAUGAUGAUGAUGAUGAUGAUGACCAUUAUGGUGGUGUUUAUGGUGUUGGUGGUUUUGGUGGUGAUGACUAUGACCGGCAGUUCUGGGCAAUGUAUGGUCCAGCCAUAAACGCCAAGAUAAGGGCUCGGAAGCGGUUGAUGAAGGCCGUUUUUAAGCCGCCGUCCAUCCGCGCUCCGAAUCUGCUGUUCCUCUUCUUCCCCACCCGCAAGGCGUGUAAUACGCCCACACUGGCUGCACUGCGGCAGGACUACCCCGCCCUGGCGCUCUACUGUGUGGUGGACCGCUCCUUCUACUGGCACAGGAAAGGGGUGCCUGUGAGCAAUGGGCCACUCGAGCAUGUGAGGAGGGCCAAGAGUGGGGUGUGGGAUGAAGAGGAGGGGGAGAAGCGGCCCAAGAAAGUGAGGGAGAAGAUGCACAGUGUGAACAGGAGGGUGGUGGAGGGGUACUGUGCUGGGGAGGACCAGGUGUACGUGCUGCAGUACCAGUAG